AUGUUAAUUUCUCUUAACAUGAGCGAACGCCACCUGCUAACAUGCCUUACACAUGAACACUUUGAGUCAUCUGAAAUUUUGAAAUGACUUCAAUAAAUUUGGAAACAGGAGGAGAUCCACUGACAGAGGACUGCCACGGAAAAGCUAGAAGAAAGCAAAUAUUCAUCGAGCAGAAGAAAAGGAGGGUCUGCACAGAAUGGAGAAAAACAUGUUCCCGUUUGGCAGCACAAAGCAGAAGGAAAAAGGAGAGUCAACUGUUCAAAGAGUUAACUGCUCUUCUGCCUCUGGACUUGAGUAUGGACGGUCAGCGAGACAAAGCUUCGGUAAUACGUCUCACAAUUGCUUACCUGCACCUGAGGGGUCUUCUGGACACCCCAGACUCCUUGAUGAAACCUCCUUCACCAGGAGUGUCGGCUAAAUCUCAAGAGAGGGAGUUGCUAGAUUCUGCCCUCGGAGGGUUUGUGGUUUUGUUGUCUUUGAAUGGCAAGGUCAUCUUCGCCACUAAGGGCUUAACUACCCACACAGGAAUUAACCAGAUGGAUCUGAUUGGAAGGAGUUUGCUUGAGUUCUUGCACCCAUGCGAUCAGAUGGAGGUCAAAGACAUCCUCACGAGAUUGAUUGGGAACCAAGGACCACAAAGAUGUGAAGUGUUUCUCAGGAUAAAAAAGACAAUGAACCAGAAACUGACUGGUUGGAAAAUUAUUCAGUGUUCUGGAAAGAAAAGGUCUUCUGCUACACCUGGAUCGAGUUGUCUGGUUCUUGAGUGCAGGGUUCUGCCCAUUCAGGAGAUCACAGAAGAGGAUGAAGCACUGAAUGCAUGUACAUUUAUGAGCGUUCACAGCCCUGACAUGACGUUCACUUACUGCCACUCAAGGGUCGUGAAACUGAUCGGCUUUCGAGACAUGGAUCUGUUGGGCCAAUCUGUAUACCAGUACUAUCAUCCAUCUGACUGCCAGCAAAUCCGCAAGGCGCACAUUUGCCUGCUCUCCAAGGGUCAAGUGUCGACCGGGAAAUACCGGCUGCUGCACAGAUAUGGAGGUUAUGUGUGGGCAGAAACAGAUGCCUCACUGGUGUGCAACAUUCAGACUGGUGUGCCAGAGAGUGUCGUCUGCAUCAAUUACAUUCUAAGUGAAGUAGAGCAGCCCAAUUUGGCAUUUUUACUGGAGAAGACAGAACAACUUCUGAAGCCAACAUCUAGCUCCUAUGGUCCAGAGUCAGAACUUGCCUCUUUUCCGCCAUCUAGAGGCCAGGAGGGUGAAAAAGAUCUCAAAGAAUCGAACAAACACAACAGUUCUACAACACAUCUGAAACAAAGAGAUGGUGACAUACAGGAAGUUGAAUGUACAGAGAUCCCACAUAACGUAGAAGGGUGUUAUGAUUCCAAUUGUGAUCAGUGUGAGUUAGACUUGGACAGUCUUGCACCAUACAUUCCCAUGCAUGGAGAGGACUUCCUGCUAACUCCCAUUUUAGACGGGACAAUGGACAUGACAGAACUAAACAUGUGUACACCAUCAUUCAACAGUCCGCGUCAAAACUUGGAUUCUUCAGCGGGAACAACCAUUCUGCCCGUGAAGAGUCUUAAUCCUACCCAACAAAGUGUCAGUCAUUUUUUUCUGACCAAAAGAAUCAGCGAUACUAACCUGAUAUCAACCAAGCAAUGGAAUGACAGCUUGGAUCUUGUCAACAGAAAUUCAAAGGUUUAUGAUUACGAUUAUAAACAACAUAAUUAUCAGCUAUUUUCAUCUGAAACCAAGGCAAAUCAUUGGAUGGAGGAUGCUCUGAAAUUUUCACAACCCAACAGAGUUCAUAGGAACAUUGAUGGAUCAACACCACCACGGAUAUGGGACGGACGCUUGAAUCAUCUUCAACCGAAGUUCAGAUCACUUCCAGAGAAAACCAAUUGUCCUCCUCAAAAGAGAAGACCCCUAAAUGAAGUAAAAACACCCCCGGCACUUUUGACUCUGCCUGUGUUGAGCGGAUGGGAGUGUGAAGUCAACGCUCCUCUUGAACACACAUCAUAUUUACUCCAAGGGACAGAGAUUAUGACCGUUCUGGACCAAGUGGCCUCCAGAGUGCCUUGGUGCUGAUGAUGCAAAACAGAAGACUUAAUGUUUAUGCUUGGUCAUCAAUGUGUUUUUAUAUCAACUCCCACAAGCCUGUGUGAUAGGAGUAAUGGACUACAUGCACAGCUAGUGUUUUUUAGUCAAUGAUGAACUUCUGGUGAAAGCUUUAUGUGACUAUUUUCACUUUCAUAAGGUUCCUUUUGCAGCAUCCAUGUUGUAAUGUAAUUAAAAUAUAAUCAGUUAAAUAGACUUAAGCAUUGUUAAUUCUUAAAAAGCAGCAGGCUAGCACAGAAGUUCCAUUAAAAAUACUGGGGUAAAAUUAAUCUCCGUAUUUUAAAGACAUGGCACAGAAAAAUAUAAGUUAAUGCAGUGCUUGUUUGGUCUGAUACCCACUUUAUGUUGCAUCUCAGCCAGGCAAUUAAGAUCGCUGUUUUCUUAAAGAAAUCAGAUUUUAAACAUGGCCAUUUUGUAUGGGAAGACAAUUCACUGGAGCCUCUGGGGCUGGCUGACUGAAAUGAAAGUUUGUGUACACAUACCCCAUUGUUUUAUUAAUCUAAUAUUGAGAUUAUAAAUGACUAUAUUGUUGAUAUACAUGACUGGUCAAAAGAUGAGUUUAAAAUAUUAAGAUUGUGUUUAAAAACGUCUCUUCUGCUCA